AUGAAAGCGAGGCUUGGACUUUCUCAUGUGCCAUUUUCUAUUUUAUUACUGUACAGUGAAGUUUUGGCCUCCUCCCUAGUGAAUAGUGUGACCCAGGCUUUUGGAAAGCUUAUAGACUUAUGGAACGAAAUGGGUAUCAGCAGAGAACUGCAGCUGGAGCGCAUGCGGACAGCUAAGGCGCACAUUGAGACUCUGUUGGAUGAAAUGAUUGAGGAAGAAAGUAAUUUGAAAGAAAAAAUUGAAAAUGACAUUGAAAUACAGAAGUCUCAGCUGAAUAUUGUGAGAUAUGAACUCAAGCUGGAACCCUACCAGGUUGGUGAUGGCUUAUCCAUCAUCCAGUUAGAAAAAAAGGUUCGCCUGGCUUUAGAAGGUGCUCUUAAAGAAAAACAAGAGAGGCUGACAAAGUUGAAACAGCUGCAGCUAGAGGAGCAGACACUGUGUUCAGAGCUUUACGCUACUCCAUACUACAUACCGACUGGCAGUGUUCCAAGUUGUUUGCAGCUGGAAGAAUUAGACAAACAUGUUCAGCAGCUCUUGAAAGUGAAGGAGCAAAGAUUGAAAGAGUUUUUUAAGCUAAGGGAAAAGGUCAGGCAUUAUAAUAAAGAAAUUGGACACACACCAGAUGGGACACUGGAAAAUGAUAUGUUGAGCGAUGAAGAAGAAUGCAUUUGCCUUACAAAGAAGAACCUUGAGGAUCUCGAAUUGCUUGUUCAUCAGUUGCAGGUCAAGAAAGACUCUCUAAUUGCCAGCAGGGAUGUUCUGGUGAAAGAGGUGCAAGUUUUGUGGGAUAGACUUCAACAGCCACAAGAGAAGCAGGAGCAACUCACAACGUUGGCAAGCAGGUGUCCUAUUUCUGAAGCAAUAAAAAUGUGGGAAGAAGAGUUGGAGAACCUGGAAGUGCUGAAGAUGGAAAGUUUAAAACAAAUUACUUCCAGAGUCAGGCAAGAACUUCAUGAUUUCUGGGGGAAAUGCUUUUAUUCUGAGGAACAAAGAGCUGUGUUUCAGCCCUUUUUAAAUGAUAAUUUCUCUGAAGAGUUGUUGAGUCAACACGAUGAAGAACUUUUGAGAAUAAAAGAGGUUUAUGAGGAAAACAAACACCUAUAUGAUAAUGUUCACAAAUGGAAUGCCAUCCGGGAGCGUUUGGGUGAACUGGAGAAAAAAUCAACAGAUCCAAGCAGACUUCUAAACAGAGGGGGUACCUUACUCAAAGAGGAAAGGGAAAGAUCAAAGCUUCAAAAACAAUUGUUAAAGUUGGGGGAAGAACUGAAGAAAGAUACUGAAGACUGGGAGAAGGAAAACAACUCACACUUCCUUGUUAAUAAUCAGAGGUUUCUGGACUCCAUGGCCCUUCAAUUGCAGCAUCACAAAAUUAAGAAAGAUCAACCCAAAAUUUCGGUGAAGAGGGAUGAAUGUGGAACUCCCAAAUCAGCUAAUAAAAGACCUGCAGGAGGUGGGAACAUGCCACCUCCUAGCAAGAUGCGGAAAGUAAAUAAUCUUUCAGUCCAACAAGCAAUUAUCUGAUAGAAAUCAUGCGCAUGCUUUGAAGCC